AUGGGACGAACAGUUAUUGCAUUUGACCUCUACGGUACCAUUCUCUCCACCGAGUCAAUAGCAGGAGAACUGGCCAAGCUAUAUGGGCAAGAUAAAGCGCAAUCUAUCGCAUCGCUCGCUAGGCGGUACCAGCUCGAGUACACAUGGCGUGCCAAUAGCAUGGGAACUUAUCGCUCGUUUAGCGAUUUUACGAGAUGGUCAUUUCGACAGGCUACAAAGGAAAUUGGCGUUGAGCUCACUUCCGAGCAGGAGGAACGGGUGAUGAAUGCGUACAAUGGUCUCGACACAUUCCCGGAUGUUGACGAUGCGCUCAAGAGGCUGGCAGAGAGUCCAUCUAUUGACCCCUACAUCUUUUCCAAUGGCACCGCAGACAUGCUCGCCUCGUCACUCAAGACAUCACCUUCCCUAUCACAGGCGAGCAACGUAUUUCCCCAGGAGAAGCUCGUGAGCAUCGACUCAAUUCAAGUGUUCAAGCCGGAUCCUCGUACGUACAAAUUCAUGGCUGAGACAGCAGGGCUGGAAUCGCAGCUUGACAAGGUUUGGCUGGUGAGCUCAAAUCCGUUUGAUGUAGCGGGUGCGACGGCGGUCGGACUCAAGAGUGUUUGGAUUGACCGCAAUGGAAAUGGAUGGAGUGAUGGUCUUGCUGGUUCUUUGGAUAUUAAGCCUACGGUCAUCGCUGCUACUGUGGAUGAAGGCGUGCGGACGAUUUUGCAGCAGUCUGAUAGUGGUGAGUAG